AUGUCAGCAGUAUACUAUAAAAAGCUAGAUACAGUACAAUUCCAAAUUUAUGAUUUGUUCAAUUCCUUGAUUCAAUUAUCCAAUUCUGAAGAUGAAUCUGUCUACAAGGCGAGCUUCGACGACACAGUGCAAGAGAUUGAUCUGUUAUUGAUUGCUUUCAAAGACCUUCUUAGACUUUUACGACCCAAAGAUAAAUCCAAUAAAUUGAAUACAUAUGAAUUGAAAUUUCAUUCUUUGAAACAGAAAUUGCGUGAGUUGCAAGUAUUUAUUAAUGAUCAACAACAGGACAAGUUGCAUGAAUAUAGGGUGAAACAUUUCCGCCUACAAGAUCUGCCAGUGGAUACCCUAAACAACGAAUCUGCUCGAGACCAAUUAUUUGCUAGUCGCUCCAUUAAGAAAACUCAGAAAGAAACGGAGGCCUCUAUUAACCAACAAAUUGUCAAUCAAAAUAAGCUGAUUACGAAAUCCUUGCAAGCAUCAAGACAAUUGUUAUCAGCAGGUAUAUUGCAGAGUGAAUUAAACAUUGAGAACAUAGAUCAGCAAACCAAGGAUUUAUAUAAGUUGAAUGAAGGGUUUAUCCAAUUUAAUGAUUUGUUGAAUAGAUCAAAGAAAAUUGUCAAGUUUAUUGAAAAGCAGGAUAAAGCCGAUCGUCAGCGUAUAUAUUUGAGUAUGGGAUUUUUCAUACUUUGUUGUUCAUGGGUGGUUUAUAGAAGAAUUUUAAGGCGACCACUAAAAAUAUUCUUGUGGUCUUUUUUCAAGAUAUUCAAUAUCUUCAACUGGUUGCUUGGAGGAGGUAGAAGUAAGGGGUUGUCUGCUACUGGUGUGCUAGUUUCAUCCGUGAUUGCUGCUACUACGGAAAUUGACGAGUAUGAGACAACGAAAACAUUUUUGGAGACUUUUUCGGGCAUGGAAGACUCUAAUACAGCCAUUGAUACGCUUACAAUGGUAGUGGAAUCUCUUACGACGUCUUCAAUGGAACGUAUUGUAGAUGAACUAUAA